UCGGCAGUAGCGAGUGGUGCUGCUGUAGGCCCGAGGGCGUGGGCGGCGCUCAGGGCGUUGUAGCGCGGCGAGGAGAUCCCUGACGCGGUUUUUCUUCUCCUCCGGGAACGUUAAUCUGAAGAAUGUCUGGAAGCUUCUACUUUGUAAUAGUGGGUCAUCAUGAUAAUCCCAUCUUUGAAAUGGAAUUUCUACCUCCUGGAAAAGCAGAAUCCAAGGAUGAUCAUCGCCAUCUCAACCAGUUCAUUGCCCAUGCUGCUCUUGACCUAGUAGAUGAGAACAUGUGGCUUUCUAACAACAUGUAUCUGAAGACUGUGGACAAAUUUAAUGAAUGGUUUGUUUCUGCUUUUGUCACAGCUGGACAUAUGAGAUUUAUAAUGCUUCAUGAUGUCAGGCAAGAAGAUGGAAUUAAGAACUUCUUUAAUGAUGUCUAUGACUUGUAUAUAAAGUUUGCAAUGAAUCCAUUUUAUGAACCCAAUUCUCCUAUUCGAUCAAGUGCCUUUGAAAGGAAAGUGCAGUUCCUUGGGAAGAAACACCUUUUAAGCUGAAUAAAUAACUUUCCUAAGUGAGUGCUUUUUUGUACCUUUCUGAUUAUUUGAACUGUAGUACUUUUGGUUAGUUCUCAGCAGAUAGACCAAUCGGAUGCUGAAGAAGUUUUUUUUGUUGAUACAAAUAAAAACAACCAACCUUCCCUGGUUAAAAGAUGUAUCUUAACAAGUUUCCAUUUAUAUCUUAUGAAAAUUAAGUUUAAAAUGUCAGGCUGAGUAGAUACAAAUCUGACUAGUCUACACUUGUGGGUGUCAAGAAACAUGCAAAGUGUAAACCUCUUGAUAGAGGGUGGGAGGAAAUCAGUUCUAAACACAAAAGAUGUCUUUCACUCAUGUGAUUUAAGAAGAGCAAAAUGGAAUUUCUGACUGUUCGACCUAAAAGCUUCAUUUUGUUAAAAAGCUUUCUACUUACAGUCCUUAGCUAGAAAACUUACCCUGGAGAACAUCAGACUAAUUUUACCCCUCAUGGUAUUAAAUCAUGUCUAUAUCAAUAUUAUAACAUAUGUAGAUAAAGUGCUAAAUAUAAAGGAAUGAGAGGGGUAUCAGAAAAGGCUCUGCAGUGUUAUCUUCAGUCUUUCAGCAAGUUUUAAAGCUUGAAAUUGCAAAUUACCAGCUGUUUUUAGUGCAAUAUGUAUUUAGCUGCAGUGUUGUAUCAGUGAAAUGAAUGAAUAAAGUGGACCAAAACAGUUCUGUUUGCCCUGACUUUCAGUAUAAUUCACAAGUAGAAAUAAAUGCUAAUGUACGUGUUUAAACCCGUCUUUACCAUGAAACUCCAUUUGUUGAGGUUUCAAAAGGCAUUAUUUGGCCCAUUUGGCUAUUGUUCCAUUAUGAAUUGUGGUUAGGGGCCCUUUUGCAAAACUUGUCAUCAUUCCAAAAUAGUAAUUUAGCAAAUACGCACCUAAUGGUUUCACUUGUGUUACAAUCUUUUAAACAGUUUGUUUCUUUUUGCAGCAAAAUUGUAUAAACUAUUUUCUUGCACCUUUUGUUUAAAUGUCUGAAAAGUAAAUUCCAAAGGAAGUGGCAAGCUGUUCUAGAAAGUACAUUUUGCAUAGUCUGUAUGACUAAAAAGACCAUGUGAAUAGGUGCUUUAAAUGUAUAGUCAGUCAUUAUUUCUUUGUAACAUAUGCUUACUCCUAAACUGUCACUGUAAAGUAUACCAUGAAAAAAGCAACAAAUAAUAGAUUAAGAAUAUUUACCAGAUAUUUACCUUAAAUAAAAUGUGAUAUGGUGAGGUA